CUUAAACCCUAACCCUAAAUGUUUCAACUUCAACCAUGAACUUAACCCUCAACCCCACCACCACCGCCAAAUCCCAGGAAACAGAAUCAGAUACUACACUACCACCACCACCACCACCGAUCCAACUACCCAAGCCGACAGCAGACCACCAUACUCCCAAGACCUUAUCCUUCACCAACGGCGUACUCAAGCGCAUACACCACCCCCGCCCAAUUAGCCCGGUUGUGCAGGUGCCCGUGCCGGUUAUUUACAAAGAAUGUCAGAAGAAUCACGCCGCAAGCUUAGGAGGCCAUGCCUUGGAUGGCUGUGGAGAAUUCAUGCCAUCUCCCUCCGCCACCCUCACCGACCCAACUUCCCUCAGAUGCGCCGCUUGUGGAUGCCACCGCAACUUCCACCGCCGUGAGCCUGAAGAAGCCUCACUCUCCUUCGACCUCCACCAACACCACUACUACCCCCCACCACAUCCUUCUAUAGUCGUUCGUGGGCGGAGCCCCAAUUCACCUUCAUCCUCCCCACCACCACUCUCGUCUUCCUACUACCCGUCUGCACCUCAAAUGUUGCUUGCUUUGAGUACCAGAUUGUCGGGUCCGUUAGAUAACCAUCAAGUAGUUGCAGCAACGACAAUGACGACGGCAACCACGGCGAACCCAGAUGGGCGGAAACGGUUCAGGACGAAAUUCAAUCAGGAGCAGAAGGAGAAGAUGUUUGCGUUCUCCGAGAAAUUGGGUUGGAAGCUGCAGAAGAAGGAUAAAGAGUUGGUGGAGGAGUUCUGUAAUGAGGUUGGUGUUGAGAAGGGAAUUUUGAAGGUGUGGAUGCAUAAUAACAAGCACAGUUCUACCAAGAGAGAGAACGCUAACAACAAUAACAUCAGCAGUAGAAGUAGCCUCGAUGACAUUCACAAUCAAACUCAUGGUCUCAGUCUCCACAGUCAUACUACUAGUCCUCAAGUGGUCACCGCUAAUGGUUCUUCUUCCUCAUCUUAAUGAACCACUUUCAUGAUCUUUAUAGACUGGUAAAAACAGGAUA